CUUUGUCAACUGGCGCGUUAGAUUCAAUUAUUCAGAAAUACAAAGAUGGCAAGUUUAUCAAGACGAUGUCAAAUAGGUGUUCUCGUGUUGCUGGUGUUGGUGCUAACAGUGAGGCUUAGCUCGAACAACUGGGUGGUAAAUGUUUUUGGCUAUAAACAACCAAAAGAAGUUGUUAUUAAUCAAAUUGAAUUGAGAAGUGAAACUAAAACAUUCCAAUCAAACGCACAAGAUUCCGUAGAAGCAACAGUUCUAAUUCCAUCAACAACCGAAAAGCUACCUACACCUACUAGUCGUACAAGCCCUUUUACUCGUGUGUCGAAUGAAGAAAUUUACAUCUACUCGGCCAUCGCUAACAUCGAAUACGUGGACAAGAAAAAGCAGCUGGAAAAUAAACAAAUUGCCAGCUUUGACGCAGAGCUGAUUCUGACAACGAUGGACGCCACUAAACAAGGCUAUAACUGCUGCGUCAUUUACCACGACUCCGAGUCCGUGACUCUGACUUUAUCGCCGGCUUCUUACUACCUGAGAGAGUAUAUUGUGGGCGGACCGUCCAAUGAAAAACUUUAUGUCGCACGGCAGUAUGUUUGUCGUGGUACAGUUACUUCCGUAAACAACAUGCCUGAGUAUGUAACCUUGACAUCAAGUUCAAAGUGCCCAACGGACCAGAAAAACUUUCUGAAAGUUCUGUACCCAACAAAACAACCUGGGAUUGCACUUUGUGGUAAAAUAGCUCACAGUGGAGGAAUUGAUCCCCAGAAAGCCAUUGAAUGGUUUGAGAUGCAAAAACUUCUGGGAGUUGAUAAAAUUCUGAUCUACGACUUGGGAAAUCCUGAAGGUUUAACUCGAGUGUUUAGACAUUACCAACAGGAAGGGAUUCUAGACUUGCAGCCUUACGAGCUUAUAGGAGAGCCCAAAACUCGAACACUUUCAGAAGCCUACAAGCGUACUGCACAGUUUAAUUAUGACGAAACGUUGUCGGUCCUGGAGUGUAGGCAUCGAAUGGCGGGAUACGAUUACAUCAUAAGUCAUGAUGUUGACGAAAUGAUCAUUCCACGCAAGGAAGUAGAUUUUAAAACUUUCUUUCAGGAAAAAUGGUCCCAGCACCCGACUGCUUCAGCACUUUUCUUCCACACGGAGUUUUUCCUCACUACCUGGCCAGCUAGCAAUCCUGAAGAACAACUUAUGGUCAAACGGUUCAGGAACACGACGGUGCCACGUUGGGAGUGCUACAAGUACGUGUACCAGCCGUCACGUGUCAUCACGUCAAUUACUCACACUGUGUUCUCCAAGCCUGGCUUCGGCAACGCCAACAUACAACCGACUGACGCCAUCCUCCACCACUACAGGCAGUGCCCAGAGGACACCUGGAAGACCUGCAGCGUACCGUCCAAAAUUGAUGACGUCAUGACUAGGUACAAGGAUCUGGACCAGAAGGUCGUCAAGGUCAGGGAAGCGACGUCCACACAACCAAUAUAUAAAAUUAUCAAAUAAAAUCUAAGACACACAAUAUAACAUUGAAACCAUUAAAGAAAAUGACAUAUACUUAACUCUAUAUUUCGGAAGGCCACAAAAGCUCAAAUAAAAAAACAAAGUCAACACAAACUCAAUGAAUAACAUUUGAUUUAAGUUUUACCAUAUAUUUUAGUGUGUCCAACUAGAUAAUCAUUGAAUA